AUGCAAACUAGCUUUGCAGCUUGUAAGGAGGCGACACCAACCUGCAAAGUCCCCGAGUGGGUUUCAUGUGUGCUGGCAGAAGGUCCUCAAGUGAGUGUUCAUGUUGACGGAAGCUCUCUUGGGAAUCCAGGACCUACAAGUUUUGGAGGUUUAGUUCGAAAUUCUGAUGGCAAGUGGUUGUGGGGAUUUAAGGGAGAUAUUGGAAUGGAUACUAGCCUUAAAGCUGAAUUGUUAGCUAUUUUACAUGAUCUUCAAUUAUGUUGGACUAGAAGGUAUCUGUCUAUUCUCUUGGUUUCAGACUCAAAAAUGGCUUUGGAGUUAGUCAAGCAACCAAUUCAAUAUUCUCACGGGUAUGCGGGGGUCCUCUGUCACAUUAAAGAGUUAAUGGCUAAACCAUGGACUCUUAGUCUGAUCCAUUCUUGGAGGGAAGGAAAUAUGUGUGCGAACAUGCUUGCUAAAAUGGGGCCUAAUUCUAGAAUCGCACUUUUGGAGCUCGAAGAGCCUCCGACUGGGUUAGAAGCUCAGCUCUUUGCUGAUGCCAUGGGUCUCCCCGUGUUACGGGAUUAG